AUUCUUCGUUUGUUACAGUUGUUUUUAUAGCGGGAACUCUCUCACUUAUUUCUUCACCUCCGAUUUGUCUUGUUCGCAUCUCUGUGAACAAAACAAAACCCUAGAAAUCUCCAAAAUUUUCUAGGGUUUUUUUCCGCCUUUGGAGGAUCACUGGUUCGUCUUUAGUCCUGAUUACGUCUUUUGAACAGCUUAUUAAUCUCUGUGCCGGCUAGGGUUUCUUCACAUCGCUAGAUCUAAUCCACUGAAGGAGAACGUUUUUGUAUGAGUAUGGAGAUGGAUUUGUUUGCCACUCCAGAGAAGCAGAGACAACAUCCUUCUGUGAGCUUGGAGAAAACUCCAGUGAGAAGGAAGUUGAUAGUUGAUGAUGAUUCUGAAAUUGGAUCAGAGAAGAAAGGGCAAUCAAGAACUGCUGGAGGUGGGCUUCGCCAAUUCAGUGUGAUGGUUUGUCAGAAGUUGGAAGCCAAGAAGAUAACUACAUACAAAGAGGUUGCGGACGAGAUCAUUUCAGAUUUUGCCACAAUCAAGCAAAACACAGAGAAGCCUUUGAAUGAAAAUGAGUAUAAUGAGAAGAACAUAAGGCGGAGAGUCUAUGAUGCACUCAAUGUGUUCAUGGCCUUGGAUAUUAUAGCUAGGGAUAAAAAGGAAAUCCGGUGGAAAGGACUUCCUAUUACAUGCAAAAAGGAUGUGGAAGAAGUCAAGAUGGAUCGAAAUAAAGUUAUGAAUAGUGUGCAAAAAAAGGCUGCUUUUCUUAAAGAGUUGAGAGAAAAGGUUUCAAGUCUUGAGAGUCUUAUGUCGAGAAAUCAGGAGAUGGUUGUGAAGACUCAAGGCCCAGCAGAAGGAUUUACUUUACCAUUCAUUCUACUUGAGACAAAUCCUCACGCAGUAGUGGAAAUCGAGAUUUCUGAAGAUAUGCAACUUGUCCACCUCGACUUCAAUAGCACGCCUUUCUCGGUGCAUGACGAUGCUUACAUUUUGAAACUAAUGCAAGAACAGAAGCAACAACAAAACAGAGUUUCUUCGUCUUCAUCUACACAUCACCAAUCUCAACAUAGCUCUGCUCAUUCUUCCUCCAGUUCUUGCAUUGCUUCUGGAACCUCAGGCCCGGUUUGCUGGAACUCGGGAUCCAUUGAUACUCGCUGACCAAGAGAACCGAGAUACUAUUCCCAAAUUCUUCAAGAAGAAGAAAAAGAAGAAGAAGAGCAAGUGAUGAUCUAAUUGGUAUACUAUAAAAUUAUACAUCUGGUUUAAUGUUCAACUGGGAGAGACUGUAAAAUGACAAUUCAUAGGCCAACAAAAAUGUUUGUUUAUCCAAUUUUCCUUUUUAUUGGAACUUCAUGUAUUAUUUCGCCAGAAACCGAUGCGGUUUACUUUUAUUUAAAAUUAUUGAUUUAAA